AUGUGUCGCACAUGCUGUUUUUGCAAGAAAAAAAUAAUAAUAAUAAAAAUAAAGUUUUUAAAAAAAUUUAAAUUUAAAUGUUCAUUUUAUAAUGAGUGAUUCAAGCGAUGAUGAUCGUCAAGUCGAUUAUGGCCAUCAAGAUGAUGAUCUGUUGAGCGAUGAUGGUGAAGAUGAAAUUCUUGCCAGCGAAGAUGAUGAAGAAGACGAUGAUGAUGAUGACGAUUAUGAUGAUGAUCGUUUUAGUCGAUUCAAAAUUGAAAUGAAAAAAGAUGAAAUGGCCAGUGAUCUCGAAGAUGAUGACGAUGACGAUGAUGAUGGUCUGCCAAAUGUGAAAGCCUGGGGCAAGGAAAAAAAAUCUUACUAUCACACGGACUACAUUGACAAAGAUUAUCGUAGUCAAAAACAACGCGACCAAGAUCUAGCACAAUAUGAAGAAGAGGAAGCUUUACAGAUCCAGAAACGUUUAUUGCAAUCUAUCAGUGAUCAAGAUCUAGGUAUCGAUUUAUUAUUGGAUAACAGAUCAAAAUCGGCAAAAGUAUCAACAACAACAGUUAAAGAAGACAUCGGUAGCAAAUCAAUCGAACGAACGACGACAAUUGGUGGUAUACCGGCUGGACUUACUGAUGCACAAAAAGCAGCCAUUGUGCGACAAGAAUCACCCGAAUUGGAACUGUUAAAAACAGAUUUCGAACAUUAUAUGAAUGAAAUUAACCAUAAACUCGAACCAUUGGUGUUGGAACUUGAUCGAUCCAUAGGUGAUUCAACUAGAAAUCCAGCAUCAUCCAUGUUAAACUUACGACUGCUAUUAUUGACCAAUUAUUGUGCACACAUCUCGUUAUAUUUAUCAAUGAAAUGUCGAACCGAUCGACAAAUAGUAAAAGAUCAUCCAAUCAUAAAACGUUUGUUUUCAUAUAAAAAAUUGAUCAAACAACUCGAUGAUUGGAUUGAGGAAAAUGGCCAAUUUUCUCGACAAAUUGAAUUUGCAGUAGAAUCGAUCAAAAAUAAACGGCCCAUUCGAUUUAUGAAAGCAUCCGAAAUAAACAUGGCCAAACAAGAUUCGAUACUUGAUCCAGACAUUGAUGUAGAGUCAAUUGCCGAUGAUAAUGAUGAAUCUGAUGAUGAUGAGCAGCAGAGUUCAAUGAUCACCGAUAUAGGAGAGAAACGAGCCAUCACCUACGAAAUGGAAAAGAAUAAAGGCCUUACACCGAAACGAAAACGAGAGCAACGAAAUCCAAGAGUGAAAUAUCGAAAGAAAUAUGAAAAGGCUGUCAUCCGACGUAAAGGUCAGGUACGACAACCACGAAAAGAAGUGCAAAAAUAUGGUGGCGAAGUAACGGGCAUAAAUGUUCGUGCGGUCAAAAGUGUCAAAUUCAAAUGAUAAUUGUAAAAUUGUAAUUUUAUUCUCAGCAAUUCAGUUUCAAAUAAAAUUUUCAUUUUUUUCA